GCGCUUUCGAGGGGCGGUGUACGGCAGAGGGCCACUUAGAGACUUGUGGAUUACGAAUACAGCAGCGCAAAGAACGCAUACUCUGGUGUUUCGUGUUUUACAUCUUACCCAUACACACACUUUUAUAUAUAUACACUAAAUACUCUAUAAAUUUAACUCCUUAACUAAACGGCAACAAAGAAUUCUUCGCGUACACCAAGGCACUGCCAGCGCCUUUGUGUCUGCUUUGUCUAGAGCUGGCCAUAUAUCUCCAAAGAAGUUAUAUAUGGUAUAAUUUCAGUCCUAAUACGUCCCGUUCCCAAAUAUAAUUUAUUCACAGUAUUUAUUUUAAAACAAAGACGGUAAAAAACAACAGAACAAGAAAAAUUACAAGAAGAACUGAUCAUUAUUUUUGAACAAUCUGAAGUGUCUUUUUCCCUCCGUUGUUGUUUUUCUGUUCUUAAUUAUUCACGAUGCAUUCUAUUACUAAACUGUUUGGGUUCUCGAAAGAGCAGGAACCAGCAUUAACACCACAGAAGGCUAUACAGAAGUUGCAAAAUAUUGAAACAAUGCUAAUCAAGAAAUCAGAACACUUGGAAUCGAAAAUUACAGGAGAGUUAAAGAUAGCCAAAGAACAAAAAUGUUCGAAUAAACGAGCUGCCCUCCAAGCAUUGAAAAGGAAAAAGAGAUAUGAAAAACAACUGCACCAAAUUGAUGGUACUCUUUCCACUAUAGAGUUACAAAGAGAAGCUUUAGAAAAUGCUGCCACAAAUACAGAAGUUCUUAAGGUCAUGGGCGAGUCGGCCAGCGCAAUCAAAGCUGCUCAUAAUAAUAUGGAUAUUGACAAAGUGCAUGAUUUGAUGGAUGAUGUAGCUGAACAGCAAGAGAUUGCCAAUGAAAUUUCAGAAGCUAUUUCCAAUCCUGUUGGUUUUGGACAAGACAUUGAUGAGGAUGAACUAUUACAAGAACUUGAGGAUCUGGAACAAGAAGAAUUGGAGCGUGAAUUGCUUAAUGUUGGAACACCUGUCACAGAUCAACUGCCGUCAGUACCAACGGGUGAACCUGAAUUGGCUAGUGCUUCCAGCCAGAAAGCAAAAGAGGAAGAGGAUGAGUUGUCAGUACUCACUAUGUGGGCUGAAUAACGUGAAUCUUUGUUUGCCUGUUACCAUCACCACAUCAACUAAAAUGGAACUAAGAGUUGCUAGCACAACCAACAGACCUGCUAUUAUUAUUUUAAUCAUUUGCCACAAGACCAUAGAAAUUGGCUAUGUAUGACUUAAUCUUCUUCUCUCCUUUCUCGCCAGAAUUACAAUUCUUUUCUUUUGUUGAUAAUGGCUGGCUGCUUUUGGCCUUUUAGCUGCUCACAACCAUUUCUUACAACUAUUAGGGUUGUGAAAAAUUCUGCUAAUAUCAAUGCUUUUCUACUACAAGUGGUUAAUAUUAAUGCUAUUGAGUGCACUUGGCACAAUGUGGUUGUCUAACCAACAUUUCUGCUAUGGUUUAAUACCAUAUGCUAGGGUCACCUUUAGUUUUACAUACAUACAUACAUAUAUAUAUAUAUAUAUAUAUAUAUAUAUAUAUAUAUAUACUUAGCUAAUUUAAAUAUUUGAAAUGGAAAACAUUUUUCUUGAAACAAAUUAUUCUGGCUUAGACUUUUAAGCUGUACUUCUGUCAAAGAGGAAGCUGGGAAGAAGUAUAAUGAAAAUUAAUGAAAAGAGGGCAAAAUAAAAAGGAAAAUAAAAUUCCAUGAAGUUGUUACUGUGGCUGAUGAAAUUUCAAAGGUGCAGAGUGGAACUCAAUUUCAUUCAUAAUGACUUGUAAGUGCUCUUUUUAAACUAUCUGCAGUGGGAAUAAUGCAAAUGCAGAGCAAAAAUUUAAAGUAACAGAAAAAAAUAUAUAAAAAAAAAUUAAAAUAUGAUGAUGAUGAUAAUGUGAAAUCAUUAAGAAAUGUGUGUUUGGGUGUGCACACAUAUACACACAAACAGCUCUGAGAUAUAUGCAAACAUAGAAAUAUACAUUUUAAAAAAAAGCAAAAGAAAAUGCCAUAUAUCAAGAAAUGUGAGUGAAAAUAAAAUAAAAUGUGGAAAGCAUGUUAUAAAUGAAAAUGAUAAAUAAAAUGGUGAAAAGGGGAUGUUUUGAACGUUUUUACUGAAACUACAUGUAAGUUUUUUUUUUUACCUUUUGUCCUCUCCACCCCAAUGUUUGCUCUUACUUUGACAGCUAAUAUUCCUGUUGCAACUCUUAUGACUACUACAAGUACUCAUUGCAAUUCAUGUCUUUUGUAUACCUGUUUCGGAAGAAAUAUCAAAUAAAGCUCCUAUCCACUGUAUUUGCUGUCAGUACAUCAAAUGAUUCUCAUGCCCAUAUGCUGCAUUGUUUGUUAAUGUAGGUUCUAUAACUGCUAUCUCAUCCCUUCACCUAAUGGACUAGAUAUUUCACUCUCUCCCUUUUUCUCAAUAAAUGAAUUUUAAAAGAAAUCUGAUUAUUUCCUUUUAAAUUCAGUCUCCGCUAUCUUGAUAUUUCCCUCGGCAAUAAUAUUGAUAAUAAGAAUAUAUUUUCAUUUUCUGUUAGCAUAUGUUCCAAGAAUAUAUCUUUUAUAUAUGAAUGCAUAUCUGGUGUUGAUAAUACAGCCUUUUAUUAUAUAUGCUAAGUUACUGUUCCACGUUCCUGCUUUUUGCAUUCAGCCAGCUAGAAAACCAUUUGUUUGACACUCUCACAUACAUUCUUGCUGAAGAAACAAAAGCAGGCAUUUAUUUUUUUAAAUUAUACUAGUUCUGAUUGCUCGUUUAACAUUUCUAUUCUGUAAAUGUUUAUUAUAUAUCUUUACUUUUUUUUUUUAGUAAUAAAGUAACACCUUCUCUACUUCACAAACUAUUUAGAACUUCUAAUGGUGUUCAUAUCCUUAUUUGAAUAAUGCUGUUGGUUUGCUUCCCUGUUGUGAAUUUGCAACAAUCAAUUGUUACCAUAUUUACUUUAAUACCAUACUUUUUCUCAUUUCUUCACAAUCCUAGGUUUUAUUUUAAAAUAUCAAUACCUUCCAUUCAGAAAUUUUAUUUCAUUACAAAACCUUUCUAUUUCCAUUCUCUCUCUCUCUCUCUCUCUCUCUCUCAUGUUCUUGGUCUUUAAAAUUCUUUUAUACCUGUAAUUUAUUCUAUGAUCUCCAAAGUUGGUAGCAGAGAACCUUUAUUUUUCAUUAUACUAUCACUUUUCUUCUUCCUGCUGCUGCUACUACUACCACCAUCACUACACCCCUUGCCACUAUGAAUUUCCUGGUAACUGUUCAUUCUAAAAUGAAUGAAUGAAUGUGAGAAUUCUACUUAAAGACAUCGGGACAUAGGACAUUUGUUUAGAAAUCUUCUUUAUCAAUUCAAUAAAUAACACUUAUUGAGUA